GUAUGCGUUAUGCAAGAGUUGUGUUCCCUGCUUUAUGACAUGCUCGCUGCUCGCAUCGCAAUAUUUCAUGGCUGACAGAUUUCCUAACCUGAAUAGUUGUGAACUUUAACGAUUAAAUAUCUCAAAUUGCGGGGCAGAGCGAGCUUUUCUCGGCCAGAUUCAUUCGUUUCGGCCAAAAACGCGUUCAACGAGCCUAAUUUCAUCGAUUUUGGCUAAACUGAACAAUUAUCUAUAUACACACACACACACACACACAAUAUAUAUAUAUAUAAAUUAAAUAAAUGCAUAAAGCAAGGCCGAUAAGAUUAAUACUUAAAAAAAAUUACAGUAUGAUUCGUCAUCAACAAGACAUGAGUAGUUGUGAAACACUCAUCAGACCUAUAGAGAGUUCAAUUAAGGAAAAAUUGGAAGCUGCACUAAAACCCCUUCACUGCGAAGUUAUUAACGAAUCCUAUAUGCACAAUGUUCCCAAAAACUCUGAGACACAUUUUAAGGUAGUGGUUGUAGCAGAAACAUUUGAUAAGCAGCCAUUAAUCAAGCGACACCGAAUGAUAAACCAGUUAUUGCAAGCAGAACUGAAAGGAGGUGUACAUGCUCUAUCAAUUAUAGCAAAAACACCAGAGCAAUGGGAAGCAAGCAAUAAAACAGUGGCUGCAAGUCCUGCUUGCAGGGGCGGUUUCGGAAAGUAACGUGUAAUUAUUUAACGAUUAAUUAUAAAUAUAAAGGUAAUAAUUUAAGUUGCGAAAAUAAUUUA